AUGCAUCUCACUACCAGCGUCAUCGCUGGCUUCAUCGCUGUCGGUGCCGCCACACCAGCCGGUCUGGCAGUCACGCCGACUCCCACCAGAGGUUCCCUCGAUGCUGUUCCGGCUCAGUCCACUGCGGUAGACGGCAACUGGCACAUCGGCUGUGACGCGAACAACUACUGCUCCUACUAUCAGGACAGCAAUAUCGCUGGUGGCGCCGCCGACUUGGUGCCCCUGCGCACCAUCGCUCUAUCUGAGUCUACGUGCAAACAGUGUACAAGUCAGGACGCUUGCAGUUACUGUGAUGUUGGGCCCAAAUUCGGCUGUCGCGACUGCGACCACUACCAAUGCGAGGAUGAAUAUCUGCACAGCCAUGAUUGCUUUGAUAUCCAGCCAGAGCUCGCCGACGCCAUUCGCAAUAGCACAAUCACAGCCACCAUCUUUGAGACCGCUACCAAUACAACCGUUGAGACCAGUUCAACGAUUGCAACUAUAAGCAGCGUUGAUGUUUCCACCAUGACCGUCACGUCUACACCAAUCAGCGAGUUUCUCACUACCAUCAUUCUGCCUACGCCGACUUCAGAGCCCACCAUCACCAUCACACGCGAGGCUGUCACCAACAUCGUCACACACACUAUAUUCUCUCCAAGACACAGUGGACUGGCCCUUCGCAAUCAAGCAGUCCCCAAUGGCGCCGAUAUUCAGCCACCUAUUCGUCGCAAUGCUGCCUUCAAACAGUCGCAAUGCGUGCCUUGUGAUGCCGCUACUUGCCCGCCUCCCAACUUCAACAUCUCAGCUUCAGGGCCCAGCGAAACCACAACUGUUGUAGUCAUGCCCCAGCCAGAAACUACAACUUCGACUCAAACAGUGGUUUACUCAACCGUCAUUUCGACUAUCUCCACUCCCUCGGUUUACACAGUCACCAUAUUGCCUACGUCUUCGCCUCCAGUCGUCACGAUCACUGUGUCUGUUCCUGCUAUUGGUACCACCACUGUCGUCGUAGUUCCUCAAGCCUCCACGGUGAUUACCACAACCAUCGUUUCAGUACCUCAAGUCCCCCUCAGCACCGUCACAUUGUAUCCUCAGGCUCCGCAUAUCAGUACGGUCAUUGUAGCUCCUCUCCCUCCCCAGCUCAGCACCGUGACAGUGGCUCCUCAUCGACCUCAGAUCACCACCGUGACCGUGAUCUCUCAACGUCCUCAGUUCCAGACCAAUACCAUCUCCAUUCAGAAAAGCACUAUCACUGUGCAAAAGUCGGCUUCGACCGUCACCUACCACUACCAGGAUCCAGCUUCCACCAUCGUCAUUCAGCCACCAACUGUUACUGCUUCGCGCUCCCCGUCCGUGAUUGAGAUCCCCAUGACCAUGAUCUCAACCGCAACCCACACGGUAGUCAGAUCAGUUCGUGCGGUACAAACUCCUGCAUCCAUGUCUCCUCGCGACAGUGCUAUGGCCAAGUUAACUUGCGAAACUUGCGAUGGCAACCUGGAGUGCGAUGGAUGUGAAUUUGAUUGCGACGAAGACUGCUUCCAUUUCCUUUGCAAAGACGCUGUUAGCGGACUGGAGCUCUGUAUGAGCGUGCCAGAAGACGCCAAAGCUUCCAAAGCAUACGACGCUUUUACGACUCCCCACGAUUUCCUCGGCUCCGCUGCUAUGCUUCUGACAUUCGACGACGUUGAGAACCCUACUUCCAACACUUCAGCCAGCCACCUACAGCCCGCAGUCUCCAAUGGUACCCGGCCAAACUUUGCCUUCGCCGAGGAGGAUUGCUAUUUGUGCGAGUUCGGUGAUGAGUCUUGCGGUAUGUGCGACUGGCAGUUCACCUGCGGCACGAAGAAGAGGUGCUUCCACAACGGCGCUCGCGAGGUUGUCGAAAUGUGCUUUGAGAAGGGCGAGAAGUGUCGUCCUUGA